CAUAAUGAUUUUCGUUGCGUGAAGUAAACAAUGACGCUAGUCGUUACACGAACUUAAUCUUGAAAAAUGGACUCUAUGCUAGUAAAAAUAUCCUCUAAAGUCUCAAAAUAUGAAUGGCUAUUUGUAAUUUGCUGCAUAAAUAUAGCAUAAUUAUAUUUCGUACACUAUUGGAAAUUGAAGAAAUAUUCUUUUAAACGUAUAGUCAGAUCAUUAAACUUAAAUCUAUACAAUUUAUGGCAUAAAUAAAAUGAGCGAAACAUGCACCUCGUUAAAAAGAAGCCUAAAAAUUUAAAUACAGUAAAAUUAUUGUGGGUGAAUUAAAACCUAAGUAAAAAUUUAAACUUGCAACGAACUAGCACUUUUGUCGAGUCCUCAAUAAAAGAUUAAUAAUUUGAGCUUGGACUUGUGACACAUUCUGCUAAAAAUAAAUUUUGGGUACUGGCCAGUUCUUUUGUCAUGAACAGCUUGCAAUCGAAUGGGGACAGUGAGACUGAUGAGUCAUCUUUGCAUAAUCCAAUGUGCAUAGUGUUUACAGGACACUACAAUGGUGUAGGAGUAGAGGUUAGGCCACCACAUAUUAUGGAACUAUUGUAUCAAAUGGGUUGCUUUGGCAAGGGAACUACAUCUAGAUCCAGGCCUAAGCCAGUUACAAAAAGUCCACAAUUUAUGCGUAGAAGACAGUUUUUAAAAAGGGACUACUGGUAUAAGAGAUUUGGUAAAUUACAGAAAACUAUAGAUCCAGAUUCAUUUUUCAAAGACAUGGAUCACUUAGUUGCAAAAAUUAUAAAAGACACCAAAGAGCAAUCUGGAAAAGAUGUCAUUGACUUAGUUUCAACUGACGAUGAAGAUCAAGAAGAAACUGCAAAUCUAACUGAAAAAUCAGAGUUUGAUGAUUCUUAUCAACAAAAUGCAGUUGUUAUUGUGCCAAAUAGUGAUUCUGAGGAGGAUGAUUAUUUUGCAAAUUUGAAACCUAAGUAUUUUAUUAAUAGAGUUCAAUUGCAAGAAAAACUUAUGCUCACCUUACAAGAAGCAUUCUUUUUAUUAUACGGUCUAGGAUGUUUAAAAAUUGUAAAUAAUAAAAAUAAUAUACUUAAUGUUCAAGAAUGCUGGAACCUGUUCUCAGAAAGUGAGAGUAAUUUUGUUGAAAAAUAUGUUGUUUAUCAUUAUUUUAGAUCAAAAGGAUAUGUUGUAAAGCCAGGAAUUAAAUUUGGUGGUGACUAUUUGCUGUAUAAAGAGGGCCCAGGUGUAAAUCAUGCAGAUUACAUUGUUGUUAUUAAUUCUGGCAACAAAGAAAUACGGUGGACUUCUUUGCUUGGGCAUGUUAGAAUGGCUACAACAACAGUCAAGGAAAUUUUGAUUGCAGAGGUGAAAAGAUCUAAUAAAGAGAAUAUAACAUUACCUCAGGAUCUUCAGGAAUACACUAUAAGGGAAUUGGUAUUAACGAGAAAAUUUCCUGUAAUACAAUAAAAAAUGAUGUUAACUAAA